AUGGCAAGUCAACAGUCGAAAGGAUGUUUGGACGUGUUACGGACCGACCCAACCUUGCGCAACAACGCAGACGCAGAUGCAGACGCAGAUGCAGACGCAGAUGCAGACACAAACGCAAACGUCAAGGCAACCAUCAACACCAACGCCAACACAAACGUUAACACCAACGUCCACGGCAACAACAACAUCAACGGCAACAUCAACAUCAACGUGAACGUUUGCCACCUUUACCUAGUGUUUGCCCCCUUUCCAAAAUACAACCUCUCACUACUCAACACUGGAGCUCUCGUCAAGCCCUUCACAGUCAGCAAGCAGAUUGCGCACCAAGCAUUUCCCGUUGAGUAUCUCUGCCUUAGCACAAUUACCACUGACGCUCUCCACCUAGGCCAGCCUUUCGCUACCACCAGGCCCAACCGUAACAGGACGAUCGAUAUUGGGCCCGACGCGUUCCUCAUUUCAGCCAAGAUCAUCGAGAAGCCCGACAACCCUUACGUAUGCGUUCGCUUUGGAGAUCGGACUUUACGGUACAGGAACAUACGGAUCUGUACGCAAAGCAAGGGACAGGACUUUGAAGCGAACGAGAGAGAAGAACGUAGACGAGUCGAGAGGCGAACGAGUAGAAGCGUAAGGGGAGAGGUUUAG